AUGACUAAAGAAUCUUCAUCCACAGCAAAGAGAAAGAGACAUACAAAUUCUAAAUUGGGAUGUGCAAACUGCAAACGGAAAAAGAUUAGGUGUGAUGAGAGCUUACCACUGUGUGAAAACUGCUUAAAGGGAAAAAAAGAGACUUGCUCAUACUUGUUCUUGUCCCAGGAAGAAGUUGAAAGGAUCAAAUUGACUCACUCGUUGAGAAAGAGUCAAAACAAAUUAUUGAAUUCAAAUUAUCGAUUACCAGCAACAAACAUCGCCACUUCGUCAAGAGCUGGAUCUUUAGAGCCAUCAAACAAGAAUUACAAGAAGAUGAAAGCACUCAGCCCUGCAUUAAGUGGCAGUGCGUUGGAAUUCAAAUUUGAACUUGCUGAUCUACCGAUUCCUAUACCUUCAAUCGUGUAUCCACCAUUGCAAUACAACAACCUUUGCAUGCAGGACUUCUCCAACGAAUUCAAGGUGAUGAAUGAUUUUGACAGCGACGAUUACACAGCAGGAUCGCCGACAGGGUCGGCACAGAACGACAUGUUGCCCAAUGGGUUUGAGCACCAAAUUACAUUCAACGUUAUCAAUCCAAAAGUUUUCAAACGUGUCAAUUCAGCUCACAGUGUCAUUACAACACCAGUUGUGUCCGAUUAUAGUUUACACUUGUUCAUUGGCAAAAAUACCUUGUUAGAUUAUAUGAGUGAUUCGUUUAUGAAGAGAAUGUCUUUUGAUAUGGAAUUGAGUUUAGCAGUGCAAACUUUGGGCGAGGCUAUACAUUUGAACCACUUGAAAUCGAAACCAAUUUCGUUGAGGGAGGAUACCGACAAACAACUUAUAGAACGUCUUGAUGAUCGGGUCAACAGUUCAUUUGUGAAAUGCUUUGAAGUUUUGAAAGCAAAAGUUGAAAAAAUUCAACAAAAAAAGUGUCUGAAUUACAGGUCGAGCGAAGCUGGCAACGACCUAGAGAUGGUGGCGUAUGCUGGAAAUUUCUUGACUUUUACUUCAAUUAUGCUGAAACAGGGUGUCAAACUACAUUCCAAGGCUUUGGAGUUGCCACUACUCGCAUACAAUACAUAUGCAAAAUUACACGAAACGAUAUCAAACAAGACAUUGGAGGUUGUGUCGUUGUUGAAAAAGAAUUUGCAGUACAAUGUCAUUAGCGUCAAUGUACCCUCAUACAAUCCACAAUUCUUAUUUGAGAUCGAAUCAAACUUGAGAAGUCUCGAGUUUAUAUUCACUGCGCAGUCAUUAUUCAAUACAAAAACUGACCUAUCCAUUCGCUCGGAAUUUGAAACUUUGAAAGCACAAUAUUCAGCAUUAAUGAAGUUUCUCAGGGACAAGGUAUUGAAUAUUGUGUUUGCUUUGCGUGAUGAGACUAGUCUUUCAGUAUACCCUAUUGAUGCAUUAUUCGACAUCUUGAAAACUUGGCAUGCAAUGUGCCCACCACAGGCUCUAGUAUCCAAGUCCAAGAUCAAUUCUGCAUUUUACGACGAAUCAGUGUUUUUAAAAGACUUGUCAACUACGUUGUACACAUACUAUAGUGCGAUUGCUGCUGCUUUGGAUGCUGUUUUUCCCGCAUGCAAGUAUUUUUUCAGUUUAAGUUUCAUACUUCCUGUGAGCCAGUGCUAUAGUGGCAAGGAGACUUUGACGGUAACAAAAUAUAACCCAUAUACCAGGUCCUUUUUCAGUCACAAGAUUGACAUUUUGCUACAGCGUCACAUCAUUUACGCAUCAAGACUAUACGCCUUUUUCAAAAGAAGAUUUGUGUUUUAUCACAACAAUAUCAAAUGGUCAAAUUAUUACGACAAUGUCACUUUGCGUGAAAAUAGAUUAAAGAGCAGGAAGUUGUUCAAUGCGACCGAGGUGGCAAUCAAGAGCUUCAACACAACGUUGAUACGACCGGAGCACUAUCCAAUCAGGGACAAAUCUCUUGAGGUAUCCAACUGCGUCAACAACUAUGUCAGUUUCACUCGUGAGGACGAUCCUUUGGUCAAGAACUUGUAUGCUAGAAAUAUUGAGACGUUGAAUAUUUUCGAUGAGAGCUCGAUUUUGCAAUUUGAUUACGAGAGUAUGUUGUUGCUCAAGGAUUAUAGAUCUUUUGACGAUGAGAGUGAAGUUAGUCGAGAGGUUCUAAGCGUGAAGGAUAUUCGUAACCAUUACGAAGACCGAUUUGCCAUAUUAGAUGUUGUGAGUAGGGACUGGGAAGAAUAA